AUGGCGGCGCAAGUCGAGAUCGAGGAUGUAGCGUCCGCCACCAACCUUGAUAACGGCGAAAUCUUCAAUCCACUUUCCGACGACGCUGAUUCCUCUCUUGUUUCUGACGGUGCUUCUGGAUCUUUCUCUACCGACUCAGUCGUUCUUCUCGGCGAAGGAAACCCCGAGCGCGACGUUAUCACGACGUGUUUUCUCUCCGGUAUGGGUACCGUCGCUAACGACACGACGAUCGUUGCCGUAAGUAAGAACUCUUCGGAAUGGAUCACGACGAGAGCGAAGUUUCUGGCGUUUAAGGUUUUUACGGAAGCCAUGGCGAGGAAGAACGGCGGAGAUGCAAAUGUCAAGUAUGGUUGGUACGCUGGUUCUAAAGAUGAGAUCGAAGGGAUAAUCUCGUACGGAUUUAGCAGCCGUGAGGUCAGUAAAUUCGAGAAUGAAGCUAGUUCUCAUGGAAUCGGAAUCCAUCUUGUUCCUUCUAAGUGCUCCAUUUUUGCGGCUGCGUCUACAGAGCCAGACGAGGAAGGUUUAAAGCAUCUUCUCUUAUGCCGUAUAAUCCUCGGGAAACCUGAGGUAAUCAUCUCUGGCUCGAAACAAUCGUAUCCGAGCUCGGCUGAUUUUGAUUCUGGUGUGGAUAAUCUCCAUAAUCCUAGAAAGUAUAUCAUAUGGAGCUCUACCAUGAAUUCGUAUAUCUUACCGAGUUAUGUCGUCAGUUUUAGGUCUCCGCAUCUCAGAGUUUUGAGUACACGACCGAGCUCGCCGUGGGUUAGUUUUGCCGCACUGAUGUCAAUGCUGUCUAAGUCGAUGGAUCCUUCAAGAAUGAACUUGAUCGUUAGAACGUACGACGAUUUUCGGAAACGGAAGAUUCGGAGAGACGUUUUGGUUAAGAAGAUGAGGGAAGUGGCUGGAGACAACCUUUUGGCUCAGAUAAUCAAGAAUCAUGGAGGCAGAAACAAGGCCAAUGUGUGA